AGCGAUUGCUAUCGAAGUUGAUAUAUCGAUAUAUCGAUCUUCUUGUUUCUGCCGCCUUAUGAGAAAUUUAGAGCUUUCAUUUGAACAAGUUAACGACAGUGUCACAUGUGUGUUGUGGAUACGGCUAAUUUUAUUUGGGAAGCAUACGUUUUACGUUUUGUUGAAGGCUACUUACAUCGUUCCAAUAUGCUUACGAACAUUCGGGAAAGUUUGGAGGCUCUGAAUGCCGAAGCACUUUAUGAAAUCAAGAAACUUCUGAGAAGCAGGUGUUCUGAGACAAUGUUGUCCGCUGUGGAUCUUCUGGAAUGUUGUCUGAAGGAUGAAUCUCUGGGCAGUACAUACCCUCUGCGAGAAUUUAUGCUGGAAGAGGACAUGGUUGGUUUUCUAUGUGAUGCCAUGUCAACUAAUUCAUGGCCUUUACUAGAGCGUCUCACGUAUGUGUUAGAGCUGCUCUCUGACAGCGACAAAAUGCUUCUGGAGGGCCAUGCAGUCGUUGCAGUGGAAGCAGCCCAGAGGCGUGCCCACUUUUUGGCUCUGAUGGUGUCUAGCAAAUCUGCGGAGUGUGAGUCAGCAUUGCGAGCCAUCCUUCGACUUGUAUCGACACUUCUUGAAAGAUGGCGCUCGGUGCUGAGGUCGGCGCAGUGCGCCUCCAACCUGUGUCCCCCGCAGGGCCUGCUGUCGACGCUGCGCCUGGUCCUGGACGCGCGCUGCGCCUCCCCGCCGACGACGUUGUGCGUCGCCAACAUGCUGUACUCCUUGCUGUGCGUGGUGUCCGUCGGCGGCGAGCCCGGAGACCCCACCGGCCUGGCGGUCACCAUCGCCUCGUGCGUGCGCGCCGUGAGCAGCGCCCUGCAGGGCCUGCUGCACCCGGGCGACAACCAGGGCGGCGACCAGGGGGACGGCCUCGACGAGGAGGAGCGGAACAGCACUGCGGAAUGGGCGUGCGGAAUUCUGUCCGCCAUCGCCGCCCGCAUUACCAGUGUACGCGCCGCCUGCGAGAAGCUGAGCGAUGUAGAGUGCGACGACGCCCUGCGCACCAUGGAGCGGCUCGAGGCCGAGAUGCAGCAGGUCAUGCUGGACAAGUGCCUGCCCAUCGUGGUCAAGACAGCCAGGGCGCGCAUAGAGUCCAGCGACGAGGAAUCGGUCGUUUUGGGCUUGGACGAGUUGUAUGAGCGGGGUCCCGCGCAGCCGGGAAUGACCUGGGUGCUGCUGGACGCGCUGGUGACGAGCCUGGAGCACGGCAAGGACGCGGUGGCCCUGGCGGACACCCUGGCCUGCCAGGACUUCCUGUGGCUGCUGCCCGCGUUGCACCGAACAGAGCGGAGCGACGCGGCGCUCAACCUGUUGUGCUCCAUGCUGGCACACCUCGCCGCCGAGCUUGUGGGCGGCCAGGAUGGGCAGCUCCUCCUCGCCGACAGCCUGCCUGCCUACGUCCUGAGCCUGCCGCACGGGCCGUCCGCGCAACGCGUGCCGGCCAGCGUGCUCAAGAUGGUGUGGGUGUCGUUCGCCGUGAACUGCGUGCUGGCGACGGACUGCAUGACGGAGGCGGCCCGGGCGGCGAGCUGCCGUCUGACGCAGCUGCUGGUCGACGCGGACGUGCGCGGAACCCUGGCGGCGGCCUUCACCGCGCACCCCUGCCUGCUGUACUGGGCCUUCCAGGCCUCGGCCGUGUCCGCGCGGAUGCAGCAGGUCGUCCUGGAGCUGUGGCUGUCGCAGGUGUCGCAGGGCGAGGCCAGCGACGAGGACGCCGUCGGCAUCGCCGCGCCCGUCCUCGAGAUCGUGCUGACCCAGAGGCAGGCGGUGCACCCGCUGCUGCCUCCUCCCGAGGCAACUUUUCCCUCCGCCCCACCCAAUGAGCUGGAACUGAGCCUGUCCCCGCUGUUCCCGUUCGCAGGCCACGCCACGCUGCUGGGCGACGCCCGGUUCGCGCAGGCGGUCUUGUCCGCCGCGAGCGACGAGGACGUCCAAGUUUGCGCCACGGCCCUCAGCCUGCUGCGCCACCUGGAGGAGGACAACGCCCUGCUCAAGGCGCCGGUGGUGCAGGCGGCCACGCCACUGGAGGUGGGCACGCUGCUGCUGGCGGUGUGCAGCGGGGACUUGCAAGUGGCGUCCGCCGGCGUGCUGCUCUUGCUCGAGGUCCUCAAGCCCAAGCAGCACCCGUUCCUGAUCCUCGAGGACGACGCGGAGAUGCUGCAGUCGCUGUACUUCAUGCUGCAGAACCAGGCCCUCAAGGUGCGGGGCAAGCCGGAGGACAGCGACGCGGUGUGGCGCGCCCUCGCGGGACUCAUGUCUCGCAGCCCCACGCUGUGCCAGCAGCCCUGGAACCACGUGCUCAUCAAGCUCAACUUGAAGCAGGCGCCGCUGUUCCAGCUCAGCGACGACUUCGUCUCCUUCCUCAUGGAGUGGCUUCGACACGUCGCACCGGCCGAGCAACCCCCCGAACCCACGCCCAGACGCCCGAUGCCCACGAUGCUGACUGAAACUGCGAUCGAAAUCGCCUCAGCCUUGGCCGAGGCCGUACCGGACUUCCAGAUGGGCACCGUCGGCCGAGGCAUUGCAGACGCGCUGCUGCGAGUGACUGCGAACCUUCCACCCAAUCUCAUGUCAAGUGUGAAAGGGUUAGCUACGAAAUGAUGACAGCAUGUGGACUUAAAUUUGUUCUGUUCGGUUGUUUUAUCCAUAUGUGAUUGGUAUCAUGAUUGUAAGAAAGGGCUGUGCAUAAUAGAAUCAGUAAAUACAAAAAAUCAGUUA